GCAGUCGACAAUUCUUUAUACGAGGUCUUUCUAUACGUGGUAUACGCGUUACUGCCCAGCCCAAGGACCGCGCUUCCCGCCCACCCAAGCAAGACCGGACCCCCCAGCCAAAGAGCAGACGUCCAGCCAAGUCGAGGGCGAGGGGAGCGAGGACUGGAAACCAAAGGCGACCACUGCGUACGAUAGACGCCACCAGGGGCGCGACCUUCGCUCGGAAAAACCCGAGAAAAACUGCAGCCAUCAAUCAGACCGUCGCGUAUACUAAACUACACCCAAAGGCGCAAGAAGGAGAAGGAAAAUUAAUAAGGUGAGGAGACCAGCAAGCAGUAAAACCGCGAUGGAUGGAGAGGGACGGAGAGGGAGGAGCCACGAGCUCCAACACGCAGUGUGCAACUUGCUACCGAAGCUUCGGUCCCCUCUUUCCUCUCUCAAGCAGAGGACACUCACAGACGUCUCUUUAUCCAUUCGUCGCUGACGGAGGAUAUUUUGUGUCGUGACGCGGUAUUGUGUUGAUGACGAUGGAGUUUGCGCCUACUAGUGCGCCCUCGGGUCCAAACAAGCGCCCGUACACUGAGAAGGACAGUGGCAAUGACCAGGCGUCUGGACUCAAUCUCUUUCGCUUUGGAAGCUCCAGCGACUUCUUCAUGAAGUACAACGAGGAAGAAUUGACUGCAGCCUCGUCCCCCACAGGAAGCGACAAUAAUCCCAGCAACGACGCUUCAAGCAGUGCCACUGAGGCCGCUAGCAAUGACGUGCUGCCUCCUCGUUCCAACCAAGAGACUCACGAGCAGGAGAAAGCCAGCAAUGCUGAAGUAACCAAGGUAUCGAGUGAACGACCUAUCGAGAUCAAAGUCCGCAAGGCCCGCCAACCCAUGGAGAUGCUGCCGUCACACAACAGUCGACGCAAAAACAGCAUCGAGAUGUUUCUGUCGCAGUCGCCAAGCCAGGCGUUGGGUGGAGAUUUCCUUAAACUCAGUCUUGAUGACCGUCAGAUGAGUCUCCAAGCGAACGAGCGUGCUACGAACGUCAGCAAUGGCGUAUCGACUAGUGCGAGCGCUGCUGGGAACGUCAAUUCGUACGCUUCGGGUCAGUUCCAGCUCAAUCCGGUACAGGAAUCCCCCAAUGAGUAUGGACUGGCUGGUCGGUAUCGUCAGCCGCAAGCUGCUCAGCAGGAACGAUUCCGAGGCGGCCGUGACGCGCAGCAGCCGCAUAUGCCAACAUCGCUGUCUCUAUCGCGUUCAAGUACGGUGCCAGGGACCAGCAGUGCGCCUAAUGCUGCAUACAACGGAGCGUACACGCUGAGUCCGCGCAUGUCGUCUGAAGACUCGUGGUCGGGUAGCCAGGACGGUGACAAUAAUGCCUUGUAUCAAGAGCAGAUGCACGACUACUAUGGCAACCAAAUGGCUCCAUCAUACGCACUGGAACAGCAGCAGUAUCGUCAGCAGCAGUACAGGUCGCCGCAGACUGCUAACGGGUCGUAUGGCUAUGGUAACGCGCCAUCUCGAGCUCAAAUGGCUUCGGGUCAGUGGAACCCGAUGGUUGUGGGGCCACACCCGCCUGCUGGGAUGUACGAUGUUGCGGGUAACAACAUGUACAUGAACCCACGCUCGAGUCCGAUGAGGCACCCGCACGCGCAGAUGGGAUACGCUUCGCAGCAGCAAGUGGCCAUGGGAAUGCGUGGCGGCCACACGAAUAGCCGUGCUCAUGGACGUAACAUGUACUCGCGCAUGACGCCGCCGCUCCCCGAGGCGUCUCCGCCUCACUCGCCUCGCAAAAAUAUGGGCAUGCAGAUGGGCAUGAAGCAGUGCAAGUUUUUCCUGCAGGGCCAUUGCCGUAUGGGCAGCAAGUGUAAGUUCGUGCACCAGGGUGGAGCUCAGACUCCGGAGCAUGUGGGCCACUCAGCUCGCCAGAAUGCGUCGAUGAUGUACCAGCAGAGGAUGAUGAUGUCGCCCCCUCCGUCUCACAUGAUGCAACAGCAGCGUCAUCACGGUGAUGACCUCGGCCAUGGAUCGUUUGGAGGACGCCAAUCUCGGAUGUAUCGCUCGGAAAACGCUGGUGCUAACGGCAUGAGUUUGGGCUUGAUGAACGGCGGCAGUAUGAGUGCGCCGAUGAUGGGCGGUUCGGCUAAUGACCCGUCGAGUUUGAGUGCUGCGUUGAGUGUGGAGGACAUUCAGAACCGCGUCUUCGCUAUGUCGAAGGACCAGAAUGGCUGCCGACUGCUGCAGGAGCAGCUCGAUUAUGAAGAUCGUGCCGAUCUGUGUGAGGUGAUCUAUCAGGAAUCACUCGAGCAUCUAGCAGAGAUGAUGGUGGAUCCGUUUGGGAACUACCUGUUCCAGAAGCUUCUGGAACGUGUGAACGAGAAGCAACGACUUGUGAUUAUCCGUCGUGUGAGCUCGAAUCUUGUGGCUGCUGCGCUGAACCUGCACGGAACGAGAUCGGUGCAGAAGGUGGUGGAAGUGUGCGCAACGUCACCGGACGUUAUUGAAGAGGACUAUGAGGAUGAAGAGGGGGAAGAUUAUGGCUAUGUACGUGAGGAACGCCCUGAAGGAGGACGCCGGACGACCAGCCUGCCUGAUCUGAUUGUGGAGGCGCUCAAGGACGACGCUGUGCGUCUGUGUAUCGACUCGAAUGGCAACCACGUGAUCCAGCGCGCGCUGCAGUUUAUGAAGCCCGAAUACAACCAGUUUGUGUUCGAUGCGGUGUGUAAGGAGUGCACGACUGUGGGCACGCAUCGCCACGGAUGCUGUGUGCUACAACGUUGUCUGGACGCGGCGAAUAAGACGCAGAAGGCGGAGGUGAUUGAGCAAGUGGAGCGCCAGGCCAUGAAGCUGAUGCAGGAUCCAUACGGCAACUACGUGGUGCAGUACGUGCUGGAUUCGUGUACGGCUGAAGAGGCCUUCGGUGUCAUUAUGAAGCCAUUGGGCCACAUCUACGAGCUGUCAGUGCAGAAAUUCAGCUCGAAUGUGAUCGAAAAGUGCCUCGAGAAGGCCCCCGAACGCGUGCGUCAAAAGUACAUUGCGGAGAUCACGAACUGUCCCAAGAUGAACAAGAUGCUGCAGGAUCAGUUCGCCAACUACGUGGUGCAGCGUGCGUUGUGCGUGUGUGCUGAGGAGCAGUGUCUGUUGCUGGUGAAGGCCAUUCGUCCUCAUCUGGCGGCUAUGAAGAACACUUCGGGAGGUCGUCGUAUCACGGCGCGUAUCCUCAAGCGCUUCCCGAAUAUGGACAUCAGUAUGGAUAUGGGCAUGUCGCCGACUGCCGACAACUUGUUCGAUAAUGGCAAUACGAUGAUGAUGGGCCACUUGCCCGCGUCGACUAUGGGCGGCAACUACAUGCCUCAACAGCAUCUGCAGCCCAACCAGAUGUACGCAAUGCAGGGUGGACGCAUGGGCUUUCAAGGAGGCAGUCGUGACAACCGCAUGCCGCCGAUGCACGGCAAUGACGGCAGUAUGAUGAUGCUGAACGAUGUGGGCGGCAUGGGCAUGAACGCAACGAGUCGUGCGUAAGGAGAGAUUAUUUGUCACGCAAGUGGCUGACGGCGUACAACGGUGGAAUGAAAAGUAUGAACCAGCAGUUAGGGGAAUGGAGCGUGUGGUGUAUGAGCAAGAGAGACCUGAGAAUUGCUGGGACGCGCAACAGGAAGGACGCGUGGGUAUGAUGACGGAGGCAAACUAGUGACAAGGAAGCAGGAAACAAGGAUCCAAAAGUUUUGCGCGUUUGUAGAUAAGACACGAUACAAAAAGAGGAAAAUGCAUGUUUAGGACUUGUAUCAAAGAAACAAGGACGACGUAAAGGUGGCCGAGUGGACGUGAAGGCGAGAAGCGACAGUAUGCUGUACAAGUAAGCCGCCGCUCUGCUGCCGGGCUACGACACAGGCGAUAAGAAGAAAAAAAAAUGACCAUAACAAUGAACGAAGAAGCUUUUGAAGGAACAUGCAAGCGUCUAUGGGCGUGUAGUUUUGCCAUCAAUACUUGUAGCGGUGGAUGGACUCUAGGUGGCUGACGGAGCGUGGGCUCUUGGGGCGAGUAUCGUCCAAUCUACCGGACUUGCAGGCGUAGAUCAUCAAUACCAAGCUCAACAGCGCCUUGAAUGCUGCCAAACAGAGGAAGAAAGCCACCGUAACCAGUACCCCUCCAGGUGAUGCGAACUCAAUUGGAGCUUCUACCAACGCCUUCGACACCAUUCGCAACACGACACAAGCUAGGGGCAACGACAUCAACCCCAAGCGCUUGGACACGUGGUGGGUGUGAUCCAGAAUCGUAUCCUCGCUCUUCCAGCCUGUCAGAUCGCGGCAAAGAAUGGUGAUGAACUUGGAGUACAUCGUCGGUGGAAGCUGGUUGAACUUUGUGAUGAAGGCGUGCUUAAGCCAGUCAAUCAGCAUCUCGGCCACCCAAACCAUUGCCUGUGAAUAAAAAAUAUAAUACUGUUAGAACACAACUACGCAAGGAAAAUACUAGAUAAAGCGUACCGUUCCCCAGGCAACAUCUCCCGUUGACGACUGUAGCAGGAUAAGUCCGAUAAUGGUCAGAAGCUUAAAGCGCUCGACGAUAUCGCUGCAGCUGAUCUGGAAGAGAU